AUGAAGAGGGACGUCGCCUAUAUCCCUGAUGGUCGCGGGUCUAUGCUAUUGGUGAAGGGUGCAGACGACGUGAUGGCUGAACUGUGCCAGAGAGAUGUUGGAGAGGCCUCAACUAUCGAUUUAUGUGGGGUCCCUGUCCGGGAUGUUCGAGAGGAAACGGUUUUUGAUAUCAAUGAAUUCGCAUCGGCUGGCCUUCGAACACUCAUGCUAGCGAUGCGAUACCUUGAUGAAGUCGAGACCUCAGAGUAUCUUGGAGCCCUGAAUGAAGCUAGGCACUCCAUAACGAAUCGAGCUGAUCGUUUCGCUCGAGUAGCCGAGAAGUUCGAGACGGGCCUUAUCGUUCUCGGGGCCACUGCUGUAGAAGACAAGAUACAAUAUGGCGUCGAAUCAACGGUCUUCCGAUUGCUGAAUGCAGGUGUCAAGGUUUGGAUGCUCACGGGGGAUCGGUUCGAGACGUCUCUGAACAUAGCUCGAGCAGUUGAGCUUUUGCCUCGUGAUGGGAUUGUGUCGGAUCUCUGCCUUCAUGCAGAGACUAAGUUUAAUAAAGGAGAGGCGGAUGCCUUCGUACUUGAAAAACGGAAGACCUUCGAUGAAGACUACCUACAAUGGAUGGCCAAUGGAAAAAUGAACUCUCUGUGCGUCGUCUUGGACGGUUCGGCAAUAUCAUGUUUCGCUUCAUCGAGGGAUAACUUGAAGAUCCUAGCCAAUGUGCUCAUGAGUACCGUGUCGGUUGUGGCAUGUCGCUGUUCACCAUCACAGAAGGCACUGAUCGUUCAACUGCUAAAAAAAGCAGAUGAUCGUAUCACUUUGGCUAUAGGCGAUGGAGCUAACGACGUUCCUAUGCUUGAGGUGGCCAACAUCGGUAUUGGAAUCAUUGGGAGCGAAGGAAUGCAGGCCGUGAGAGCCUCAGACUACGCCAUUGCCACAUUCUCUCACCUCGGACAGCUGAUGUUAAUCCACGGCCGAGACUGCUACAACCGUAUUUCCCUUGUUAUACUCUACUCCUUCUUCAAGAACAUCUUCCUGGUAUUGCCGAAUGUAUUUUUCGCCUUGAGCAAUGCGUUCACCGGUACCUCCCUGUACGAUUCCUGGAUCUUGAUGUCUUACAAUGUCUUCUGGACUUCCCUUCCCAUCAUAGUCAUCGGCGCCAUGGAUAUUACCCUGCCACGCUGGGUCGUUGCGAGGUAUCCCAUCGUAUAUGUUGAAGGGAGAGAGUCAAUCUCAUUCAAUGCGAGGAAGUUCAUCGCGUGGAUUUUGAGAGCGAUUGUCUGUGCUGUAGUCGUCUACGCCCCUGUCGCGGUUGGAAUGAGUUACCCAUCCGGUUCUGGUGGCGAAGUGAUGGGUUAUGCUUACAUGGGCAACCUUGUCUACUAUUCGGUGGUGGUCGUUGCCAACUUUAUACUGGAGCAAGUAAUGUGGCGCAGAUGCUAUGGGAAGGGUCAAUCGUCAGUUGGCUGCUACUCGUCUUUGUGA